UGGUAUUCAGGAUCAAUAAAUGCCCUUUCGAGAGGCGCGGGGCAGGUAACGCGUUCUGUGCUUCAGCUGGCUCCCUGUCCGCCUCGCAGGUCCGAGAAGCCCAACUGGGAUUACCACGCGGAGAUCCAGGCCUUCAGCCACCGGGUGCAGGAAAACUUCGCCCUGGACCUUCUCAAGACUGCGUUUGUUAACCCCUGCUACAUCGAAAGCGAGGAGGCGAGGCGCCGGCAGCUGGGGCUGGACAAGGACGCGGUCGCUCUUCAGCUCCAGGACAACACCGGACUGGCGGAGCGAGGGCUGCGCUUCGCCCGCUCUUACCUGGCGCAGUGCUUUGAAGGCGCCUACCCAGAGCUACCUGCAAAGGGCAUAGAAGCACUGGUUAAUUUUCUUACCAGUCAGGAACUCGUCUCUUAUGUGGCUCAAAACCUGGCCAUACAGGACCUGGCGCUUUGCAGGGAUUUUCCUGCACCAUCAGAUGUGCUGCAGAGGACUUUCCUGGCUGUGAUAGGAGCCCUGCUGGAAAGCAGCGGGCCCGAGAGAACCGGGAUCUUUGUCAGGGACUUUUUUAUUCCCCAGCUGAUUGGAAAAGACCUGUUUGAGAUCUGGGAAGUUGUAAAUCCUAUGGGCUUACUUCUGGAAGAGCUGACCAAGAGGAAUAUCUCUGCUCCAGAACCAAGAAUUACCAGGCAGCUGGGAGUCAGUACAGUUCUGCCAGUCUACUUUGUCGGGUUGUACUGUGAUAAGAAGAUUUUAGCUGAAGGCCCUGGUGAAACACUGCUGGCUGCAGAGGAGGAGGCUGCACGCGUGGCACUGCGGAAGCUCUAUGGAUACACAGAGAACAGGAGACCUUGGGAUUACUCAAAACCCAAACAAGAACUGGCAGCUGAAAAGGCAGUCAGCAGUAACUAGAUGCUGAAAGACAUUUCUGGUGUAUCUUAAAAAUCAAUGGCUUCCAUGCUGAAUAUAGGUGUAUUUGGAAAAGCAAAAUACAGUUCAUUUUUUUGGUCUUCAAGCUUGAAACUUCUAAAUCAUAUAUGGUGUUAAAUAAAGCAUUUUUCUUUUGCACAAUGUUUAAUGUUUGCUCAUUUUCCUAAAUGUAACAAAAAUACUCUUAAUCUGAAUUUUUGCCUUUUGGCUGAGAAGUUUUUUCUGUACAUCACAGGAGACCAUUUUUAAUGAUGUUUAAUGACCUGUGACAAAGUCUCACUGUAGAGAAACAGCUUUCAUGAAUACUUCCUUGGAGAUUGUUUGGAGAGGAUUGUUAGUAAGCUGAGUUGAAUUAAUGUACGUAACAUCAGCCUUUGGAUUGUAUCUGGAUUGAGGUAUCCUUCACCUUGUGAAAACAUCAGGUGUGAUGAUGAUCCUGACACUCUUGGGGAUUCAAACUUCUGAGGUCUCACUGCUUUAAUCCAAAUUUUGUUUGCCAUGCACAUUGGUUUCUGUUGUUGGAGCACACUCUGAAAGAUGCUUAAAAUUUAUAAAAAUGCCUGCAUUUCAAAAUGAGGAAUAAGUGAAAAUAAGGAUCAUGAAGGCCUGAACCUAAAGAAAUUGGAGAACAUGAUUUCAUGAUAGGAUGUAAGAUAAGCUUUUUGGUUUUUUCUCUUCUUGGUACUUCUCCUGUUUAGUCCAUGUACUUUCAAUUAAGCAGUCCCAUGACUGGAGUAUUAGAUUCGGUGAAACCAGGGUUAGUUUUGUUUGCAGCAUCUGUAGCUGUUUUAGUGUAACUCAAAGUGCAUGGACAGACAUUUAGGAAUAACUUGGGUACCUGCGUGACGUUUCUGUUAAAUGUCAUAGAAACUCAGCAUGCCUACCAGAGGGCAACAGAUGUGUGAGAACUGCAGAUCUUUUGGAAUAAUUUUCUUAAAAAAUGAGUGAGAGUCUAUUACAAACUUGUCUGAGCCCUGCAAGGAAGAGGCUGGAUGUAGAACAGUUAUUCAGGAAGUGUUUCCCACUUUAUGCCAUUAUGAGCACUCAUUGUAGAGGAAGACAGCAGGUAACUGAAUGUGCCUUCACUAAAAGGAGGGGGAGAAUCAGGUCAGUAGCCAUUCAUCCAAGUUUGAUAGUGCUGCCCAUGGCAACACAUCCUUUGCCUUUGGCCCACCAGAUCCAUUUAGGGAAGGACACUUUGGCAGUCAAAGGUCCUGGCCCAAAGCUGCUGGGCAGGUCUGUGCUGUGGCAGUGAGUGCUAGUUCUGUCAGUGGAAGCAGAUUUAUUUGGGUUCUUAGGCAGGAGGAGUCUGUGUGACCCCUGAGUGUCUCCAGCACUCAGUGCCCUGCAUCUCACCCGGUGUCAAACACUGAUGUAGCUGGAGAGCAGUGAGACUUUCCUGCUGCCUCUGGCUGAGAAGUCACACGAGUGAGAGCUGGAUACAAAAAGGAGGGCAGAAAGAUCAGCCCAGCAUAAAAUAUGCAUACAAAUUGCUUGUGUUAAAUGAAAAAUUCCAUCUAGGCAAUCUAUUACCACUUACAUAAGCAAAGCCAAUAAGGUCACUAUAUUCCAGGGGAAUAAGAGCAAAAUGUGAAAAGAUGGUAAAAUUACUCUUGCUAUUUUUAGUUUCCAGAAGAGAUUGUUGCUCUUUACCUAUUUUAAAAGGACAAUAGUGAAGGUGGGUUUUUCACAGCUGAAGUUAGCUACUGCUUUUAUUUACAUAUUUAUGUAUUUCGAGAUGGAGAAGAAAAUUUCAGUUGAUUUACCUUUAAAAACAAUUAAGAUCUGCUUCCUUUGACUUUAUAGUUUGGAAUGUGGGUGUAAAUCCUAGGAGAAGUGAAUUACUGAAUACUGUGCUGGUUAAAGCUGAGUGAUGCAUGCAAGACAAAUCAAUUUACUGUGUGGCACAUGUAUGGAAUAUAUUGAGAUCAAAUGAAAAGACACUUUGGGGACAUGGAAAGAAAGGACCGGGUUUUGAUAGAAGUAUGACUGAAAAAGGAGUUUUUAUAAGAAUGCGUGUCCUAUUUUCAAGUUUCUAAAGGUUGGAAAAGCAUUUUAUGUGGUAUCUGUGCUUUAAGUUCUGACACUCAACAUAUAUUUCAGGAUUUACAGCUGUACUAGUGUAUUACAAUUUACAUACUUUGGAUUGCUAACCUUUUGCCUUGUUUUUUGAAUCAGUAGCCAUAAACCAUAGCAUAAUUAAAAGAUUUGUCUGACCUACAAA